CACUCAUCGCUCCCAGCCACCAAGCCCCGCUCCAAAAUCCCCAAAUCCCCUCUCUUCCCAAGCUACUCAGCCAUGUCGGGGCGCGGCAAGGGCGGCAAGGGGCUCGGCAAGGGCGGCGCGAAGCGCCACCGCAAGGUCCUGCGCGACAACAUCCAGGGCAUCACCAAGCCGGCGAUCCGGAGGCUGGCCCGGAGGGGCGGCGUGAAGCGCAUCUCGGGGCUCAUCUACGAGGAGACCCGCGGCGUGCUCAAGAUCUUCCUCGAGAACGUCAUCCGCGACGCCGUCACCUACACCGAGCACGCCCGCCGCAAGACCGUCACCGCCAUGGACGUCGUCUACGCGCUCAAGCGCCAGGGCCGCACCCUCUACGGCUUCGGCGGCUGAAGAGCCGCGGCGCUGGCUGGCCGGCCGUGGCGCACAAAACCUGGCUCGCGGUCAAGAAGGUGGAGGAGUGGAGAAAACUGUACUUGAUUUGGGUUCCAUGCCUUCUAUGAUUAGUAGUGAUAUAUCUGUAGUGGCAGUAGCUGGUUGUUCGAUGGUUGCUUCAGUGUUCUGAAUUUCUGAUGGACAAACACUGUGUUUGCCGAGUUAUAUGAAUCCAGAGUUAACAAAAUUGUCCUA